AUGACCCCGCGCGUGGACGGCAGCUUCUUGCCCGCCCACCCCGCCUUGCUCUUGAGGGAUGGCCGCUUUAACAGGGUCAGCCUUAUAUCGGGGGUCAACCAAGAAGGAGCUUUGCCCGCCCUCGCCACACUCGAGACGCCCUUCCUGAAGAAGGCGCUGACGGAGAGGUUCCCGGAGGUGGGUCCGGUCAUCCUGAACGUGCAGGAGGAGAAGAACGCCGUCCUCUUGGCUCGCCAGGCCUUCAGCGCCUACCUGCCGCAGUAUAGGGUGAAUGAGGACACUGUUGGGGAUUUUGCCAAGCUCUUGGGUGACGAAGCGUUCCGAAUCCCGCAUCGAGAAGUGGUUCGGCUUCACAGCAUGGCCGGGGGUCUCGUGUUCGCCUACGAGCUGAAGCACCGAGGCCUCCAGAGUCUCACGGACAUCUUCAACACGUCCGCCGGGGAUUCGUGGGUGAGCAACGGCGACGACCUCCAGUACCUGUUCAACGGCACGACCUUCCCGCCCCUGAAGAACCUGGACGACCGGCGCCUCAGUGACCUCAUGGUGAUCAUGUGGACGAACUUCGCGGCCACGAGGUACCCAACACCCGACUCCUCCCUUGGCUUCUGGUGGACUCCUGUGGGUUUUUCCUCUCCCAUGCACUACCUCUGCCUCACGCCCACGCCCACGAUGGCCUGGGAUGGGCGUAGUCCGAAAUUAUUAUAUAGAGAAGUUACUCUCAUUAUUCAGAGAAGGUAUAUAAAAACCUACAGUCCAACUCUUACUCCAUUGUUAUUGAAUGAUUCCGUAAAACCGAAACUCCAUGCUGCCAAGAUCCAGAACCCAAUUCCUUGA